CAAAUGAGAAGUAGAUGCAAAUCCUGUAAGACCUCUGAUAUUUGUCUUUGAUAAAAAAAAAAAAAAAUCUUAAUAUGUUAAAAUUUUCUUUGCUUUUUUUUCUUUGGCCUUGUUAAAUAUCAUUUAGUCUUUUUCCUUAAAACUUUCCAUUUUUCUCAAGUUGGAGUUUGUGAACCUUUGCAUCGGACCUAUUUUUAUACUUGGUGCAACGAUAUUAAUCAAAGUGCCCUCACUUAAGGCAAACAAUGAGGCUGUUGUUGACUGCAGUCCUCUGGGCAGCAACCAUGUUAGUGGGACUACAGAACUGGGUUUCAUCCCCUGAUGACAUUGUAGACCGUUCAUCCCGGAACCUCUCCUCUGUCCCAACAGACCUGCCACAGACAGCUGAGUCCGUAGACCUUUCAUGCAACCACAUACAUCAACUUCAUAAAGAAGACUUUAAAAACACAGCCCUUCUGAGGUUCCUGAAUGUGUCGUGGAAUGGUUUGGAGCUCAUUGAUGCAGAGACUUUUCUUGACACACCACUCCUGGAGGAUCUGGACCUGUCACACAACAGGCUCCUGAACUUGUCAGGUCAACAGUACCUGCUUCACACAGGGAACCUGGCAGUUCUAAACUUGGCCUGGAACCAGUUUCCAAACAUGACACUGGGAACCGAGUUUAGUUACCUGAUAAAACUGGAGAGAUUAAUGCUUGGAGCAAAAAAGAUCAGUAUGGGUGAUUUCAAGAAUGUUGCUCAAUUAAAACUACUUACACUGACCCUUUACCAAGAGGAGGAACUUGACUAUGAAAGCGGAAGUCUAACAGAUGUCCAUGCUCAAAUGCUUCAGAUAAUCUUUAAUGGUCAUCAAACAAUGCUCAGAGGUUUGGUUGCUGAUGCUCUGUCACUCUUUGUUGAAGUAGAGAUGAAGAAUUUGACCGGAGGCUACAAAAACUUAACAACGCAGCUGAGUCAGAAAACAAAGAUCCGCACUUCCCACCUUUCUCUCAACAACAUUGUAAUUAAAUGGAAAGACUUAACUGAAUGUAUAAAUGCUGCUCUGCAAACAUCUAUUGCCCACAUGAGCGCUUCUGACGCAUCCAUAGACAAUCCACCAUAUUUUGACACCCAGGUAACAAAGACAUCCAACAUGAAGUCCUUCACAGUCAGGCGGGGAAUUGUGAACUCUUUUUUCUUCUCUCAGGAGGCCAUGUACAACUUUUUUAUCAAUAUGCCUGUUAAACAUAUAGCAAUGGUGGAUUCUUCACUCAUAUACAUGACAUGUCCAAAGCAACCGAGUCCUAUCAUCGAGCUGGAUUUCUCCUACUGUGCUCUAUCUGAUUCCAUCUUCACCAGAGUGGAAUCUGAUCAUACAGUUGAAUGCGGGACUCUGGUUAAUCUGACAAAACUGUCUCUGGUAAACAACAAUCUUAAGAACCUCCAGUCAUUGAGUAAACGUGUACAAUACAUGACAUCUCUGCAACACCUGGACAUAAGCAUUAACUCCCUGGUUUAUGAUGGUUUCUCUGAGUGUAAGUGGCCACCAAACAUAAUCAUAAUGAAUCUGUCUUCUGGAGGUCUGACAGACUUAGUUUUUAAAUGUCUACCAGAAGGAGUUGAAACAUUGGAUCUCCAGAACAACCAGAUUUCUGUGGUACCACAAUCCAUUUUUAAACUGGAAAACCUUUUAUCUCUGAAUCUAAAUUCAAAUAAGCUGCGGGAUCUGCCGGAGUGCAAUUCUUUCCCAGUACUGAACAAGCUUAUGCUCAAGUCAAACUCCAUCCAUGCCCCAUCUGUGAAGAGGCUGGAAACCUGCCCCAACCUGAAAACCUUGGAUGUCAGUCACAACCCCUUCACCUGCACCUGCGCCCUAAGGAAUUUUAUUAGCCUUGCCAACAAGGCCGAAAGCAAAAGAAGUUAUUCAGGCAUUGAAUUGCUGAGUUGGCCUUUGAGCUACUACUGCACCUACCCAGAGACAGUCAGAGACACCACUUUGAAAGUUUUCUGGAUCCCUGAAGUCUCCUGCAGCGUCGGCCUUCUGGUAGCCACCAUCUUGGUUCCUGCAGUGGUACUGAUCAUCACAGUUGUCUUUCUGUGCCACCGUCUGGAUGUUCCCUGGUACAUGGGCAUGAUCUGGCAGUGGACCAGAGCCAAACAUCGUGCAAGAAUGCAACAAGUUCGACCUGAAGAUCUGGUGGGUGUGGAGUUCCACGCGUUUGUGUCUUACAGCCAGCACGAUGAAGACUGGGUGAAGACUUCUCUCCUCCCCAACCUAGAAGGCCCCACAGGAGGGCUCAGGAUCUGCCACCAUGAGAAAAGUUUUGUUCCAGGAAAGACGAUUGUAGAGAACAUCAUGAGCUGUGUGGAGAAAAGCCGCCGCUCUGUGUUUGUGCUCUCUGCUCACUUUGUUAAGAGUGAAUGGUGCCAUUAUGAGCUGUACUUCGCCAGCCACCAACGUCUUUCUCUAGGUGCGGACAGUAUUGUGCUGGUGCUGCUCGAGCCUCUGCCUCAAUACUUGAUCCCAUCAAAGUACUACCAGCUGAAGUCCAUGAUGAGCCGCCACACCUAUCUGGAAUGGCCUCAGGACAAAGGCAAGCACAGGCUUUUUUGGGCUAACCUCAGAGCUGCCCUACAGGCUGACCUGCCAAAUUUACCAACCACAGAAAUAAAUGAGUGAUUUCACAAGAAAGGACAGUAGUGUCAAUGAGACGAUUGUAAAGGUUUAGAAAAGAAAUUUGGAUUAACUUGAGACUUUUAAAAUAUGUAGAUUUUCUUGUCUGCUUCUUUAGCAUGAGAUAACCUUUUUGAGCCAGAGCAACUGAUUUCUACUUUCUUUGUACGAGUGGAUGGCAAUUAUAUUCUUUCAUGAUAUAAAAUGUCAACCAUUUAACCCUUCAGGUGAAAUUAAAUGGAAACACACCAUCUUUUUUUCUGCAAACAGUCUAAAAAGUGUAUUUUGUCCUUUUGUCAAUACUGGGUCCCACUAAACAUCACAAUACAAAUUGUUGUGCGUAAGCACACAACUGUAACAACAUCGUUGUCAUAA